UCCCCACACCCACACUGUCAAUGAGUCAGUCCCAGAGAUUCCUUCGAGCAAGCAGAGGAGAGGGCGGCUCCUAUGCUCCACCGGUCCUCGAUCCCCGAUAGCAGGUUGAGGCCGCUCGUGAGUAUCUUUUGGAUAAGUCCUUUGUGCAUCAUACACCGGGGGAACGCAAAGUGGCAGGACAGCGAGUCAAUGUGGCUAAAAUGGAAAUGGGUGUGCAGGGGACAAAACCCAAGGCCAGUGAGGCACAUGUCGCUCACAUCGUCAGUAAGUCACUAUCGGAGGACAUCGAUUGCCAGCCAGAAUCGGGAAAGGCAAAGGUCGGUUUUUUCCGUGCCUCAUGUCUGUAUCUCCUUAUGUUUAAUUCAGCUCGAGUGGGCAAAGAAGGCAGCGGCAUUGAUCGAGCGGUUUGGAGGUUUUUCCUCCAUCUAGAUCAUCGUCUGAACAGUCCAUUGAAUGCGUUCACAGCAUCGGAUACACCGCACAAGCAGUUCGACAGCCUCGACCUGUGGUUAGUGCCAGCUCUAGUACGUUUCUUUGCCACUUUUUUGCCCUUAUUUCUUGGAUUGACUUGUUGUUAUCUAGGAUGAUGAGGACGUAAUAUGCUAAACGAAUUUGGGAUUCGACCAAUUGCCAAUUUCAAAGAGGCUAAGACCGAAGAUGGUCAGGUCAUCCACCCUCCUGACCCACGUCUUAUUGCCCUGCAUGCAACCUGUGCAUGGGUUCUUCAUUCAUCUGGUGC